GCUGCUGCAAGUCCUAGUUAAUAUAAAUUUAUUAACUAAACGCAGUAUUAAAAAAUAAUCGAAAGAGGAGUCCGUUAAAGAAUCUCAAUUCUGGAAGAGAUUUGCAGUCAUUGCUCCGAAGCUUUGCGGUUUCCGGCCGUAAGAUGACGACGCACUUCACUAAUGUGCUGCGGCAGGCUUUCAAAACCUUUGACAGGGCGAAUCACGCUAGCUUCAAUGCGAAUUUGCAGCAUCUGCGACAACUGACGGAUGAGCUGACCUACCGGGACUUGCACCUGCGCGAGGAAUUAUUCCGAAACAUGGCCGGCCAUCGAGCGCCCUGCAGCUACAUGCAUAUUUUCGAGGACGACCGCUUCUCCAUGAGUUUGUUCAUUGUGCGCGGAGCGAGUGCGAUUCCCCUGCACGACCAUCCCAUGAUGUUUGGCCUGUUGCGCUGUAUUUGGGGUCAGUUGAGAGUAGACAGUUUUUCGCAACAGAUAGCUCCGGAUGAGCCGCUGACCUAUGACUCGCAGCCCUCGGUGGUGACGGUAAAUGUGGAGGAACCAUGCUUGGUAACGCCAAAUAGUCCAUGUGCCACAUUAACACCACGGAAGAGAAACUACCAUCAGAUUGCCCAGGCUGGCAAUGGCGUUGCCGCCUUUUUCGACAUCCUUAGUCCACCGUACGAUGCGGAUAUGCCCACAUACGGACCGCGUCAGUGUCGCUUCUAUCGCGCCAAAGCUGUGGAAGGUGGCCAGGUGCAACUGCACUGCAUCCCAUCGCCGGAUUCGUACUACUGCGACGUGGUGGACACGCCGGAGUCCGUAGCACAGGCCGCCUUUCAGUGCGCCGACGAGGUCUACGCCGAAAAUGCCAGCGGGACGCAGUAAAUCGAUGUCCCAGGUCCCUGCUGCUAGCUGCCCCUAUUUAUUCGCCCAUCACCACCCAUUGGCUGCUGUGGUAUCAGCCAAGUAUCUUCUGUGUUAUUUAAAUAAAAUUGCCUCUUUUUUU